ACAACAAUGGCGUCGUCGAACCAACUGGUCGUGAAUUUGAAUAACCUGGAGAAGAUCGAAGGUUUUCUCAACGAAGGCAAUCAGUACAAAGAAAUCAUCGAGAACAGCGAAUCGUUCAACACUCGGCUAUGCCUGGAGCGCCGCCUGCGGAUGCCGUUUCUCGACCCGCAAACGGGCGUCGCCCAGAACCACUGUGCGCUGUUCAUGCAAAGCCGCCACCGGAUUCCGGGUUUGAAGGACGGUCAAGUGUACAGCUAUCCGGCGGCCCGCUGGCGCAAAUCGCGUCGCCAGUAUCUGCUGCAAAAACCGCACCCACCGUUCCCAGCGUACACGCAUAGACCGUUCGGGCAUCUGCAGCCGGCCCCGCCACCUUCGAUUCUGGCCGCAAGCGUUGGUGGCAUUGGUGUUGGCGGUGCUGGUGGAGGUGGCGGCGGUCUUGGUGGUUCCGGAGGUGGCGGCAGUACGUAUGACUCGGAGAACUCCAACCUCGACCAGUCCAGCGCGGCCGAUGUGGCCGAGCUGAAGGACCACGAUUCGGAGAAGCCCGGCAAGGACUGGUACUACGACGAGAUGGAGAUGCACGACAUGGAGUCGUUCGAGGAUCACGAUCUGCCCGACUCGGACUGCGACUACGAGGAGAGCUUCAGCCAGCGGAAGAAGAAGAGCAAAAGUGGGCGCAGUGGCGGCGGUGGUGCGGGUGGCAACCGCAGCAAGUCUGGCUCGGCCCUGUCGGAUCCCAACAAUCGGCGCGGCGGCCGGGGCGGUGGCCGCGGCCGCGGACGCAAAUCGCAAGGUAUUGGGGGCGACUGUCCUAGCUUCAAGGAUAUGGUGGAAACACCGAAGAAGAACCGUGCUCAAAACCUACCCAACCUAACACCCCAAUCGAACAGCUCAUCCCCACUGACACUGCCCGGCGGAGGAGGAGGCGGAUCCGAUGAGCUUCAGAUGCCGGAAUUGGUACCGGAAGUGAAAAGCGAGCCCAAUGAACCGAUGGUGGACGGCUUGCCGCCGGUUGGUCCCCCGAAAAUGGGUGUCCGGCCCGGAGUCGGGCUCAAUCACGGCCCGCUGCCGGGAACGAACGCUCCAUCGGCCGUUCCCGUUCCGAUUGGCGGGCCGGGCGGAUUGGGUGUGCCUGCGCCAGGUGGACAUGUCGGGGUUCCGAUUCCGGCCACGGUCGGUCCCGGCGUUGGUCCACCAGGACCACCUGUCACCGGUGGCGGCGGUUUGGUGGAGAAAAGCCGGGCCGUUCCUUCGCCAUACUGCGACUUCUGCUUGGGGGACGCCCGCGAGAACAAGAAAACGCUCGAACCGGAAGAGCUGGUAUCGUGCUCGGACUGUGGCCGAUCCGGCCAUCCUUCCUGCCUGCAGUUUACGGCCAACAUGAUCAUCUCGGUGCGAAAGUACCGAUGGCAGUGCAUCGAGUGCAAGUACUGCACCAUUUGCGGCACGUCGGACAACGACGAUCAGUUGCUGUUUUGCGACGAUUGCGAUCGCGGCUACCAUAUGUACUGCCUGUCGCCUCCGCUCGUCUCGCCGCCCGAGGGCUCCUGGAGCUGCAAGCUGUGCAAGGCCGAGUUCCACAAACCGAAGUAAGGACGCACCGCGUGCGUGCGGUGGAUUUUUUCUAGCAUUUAACCCAUUAAAGACGAGCCGGCCGCCUCCAGACGCAGCACGGGGCCAGCGGACCAGCGGUAUUAAAACGAAGCGACAAUUUUAGUAUUAAGCGCAAAGCACCGACUACGGAUUGUAAAUCGCAAUUGCUCACCGAAACUCUCUUACCUAUUACUAUUACUCUCUUCUGUCCUAGCGCACGGGCACAGAAACGGUCCGGCCACACUUCGCGCGGUCGCGCACUCUCUUAGCACUUUGUGUGCAUAUGUAGAACUUUUAGCGUUUAACUUUAGAUCUGCUUGAUUCUAGCGUUUCUACCUCUCAUAUUUCCACUAUGGUUUAACAUUUUAACGAAUCCGUGCAACGUGGGCAUUUCUGAAUAAGGCUUUUAUUUUCAAUCUCGGUUAAGUUCAGUACUUAAGUUACACAGCUAGCGCCUAUGGUAAGGAGCAGAAAGGACACGCAACACUGUUUUAGAGCUCGUAUACCAACCCGACCCGGUCGGGUGCCCUCGUUCGAACGGAGCACUUGGGACAACCUCAGUGUUUCUCGCGGUCGAGAUUCGUUGGCGAAAGAUAUUAAACUAAGUUUGACUGUAAGUUAACAUUCAUUCGAAGGAUAGCUUCUUCGCUGCGGCAUCGAUGCACCACAUGACACAGGCGUUUGGAGCUAGCGUGAAGAACGGAUGCAGCUUAGAGCAGCAUUAUUAUGAAUCGUGAACAAGAAACCACUUUACCGUUGUGUAUUGUAUGCUUCCCUUCUACCUCUCCUAUCUGUGCAUCGGACAUUUAUAUAUAUAUGUUUUUAA